GCCAACACUUUUUCCGCCAUUCCAACUUUCCACGUGCAACUCGAAAUUCCGGCAAACCACGCGUUGUCCGUCCAAAUCCAAACCGUACUUGAUUCGCUUGUCCAACCAAAACUCGAGAAACCGCUAAGAUGGCCCAAAAGAAAGCCGUAGCCGCCAAGGGCAAGAAGGCCGCGAACAGGGUGGUGAAGGAGAAGGUGCAGGAAGAUGAGGAAAACGUGGUCGCCCAGUCGCCGCCCUCCAAGAAGUCCCGGAAGCAGCCUGUGAAGGAAGUGCCGCCGCAGUCCAGCGAGGAGGAGUCCGACGCCGAGGUCCAGAAUGACGACCAAGCUGAGGACGACAGCGACUCCGAGGCCGAAGAUUUACUCGACGACGAGGCUGAGGAAGCUGAAGAGGACGAAAGUGAGGAAGAGGAAGACGAUGACGAUGUGGAGCCUGGUGAGGUUUCUAACAGCGCAGUCGCGGAUGAGGAAGAUGACUCCGACGAUGAUGAGGCACCUGCAGAGGAACCAGUAUCCAAGGGCAAGGGAACUAAAAAACCGGGAAAAUCCAACACUGACGAGUCGGAUGAAAAGACUGGAAUUCCCAAAGUACGCGUUGGCAAGAUUCCCUCAGGAACGCCAAAAAAUACAAUCAUAUUUGCCACAAACCUACCAAAAGAUUACAAACUUCAGGACCUGGUUGCCUUGUUUUCCAAAUUUGGACCGAUUUCCACAGUAACUCGUUUGCCUUUUAAGAAUGGCCUCAAUUCAGUCCUUAUCGCCUUUGAUACGCCAGCUGCAGCAGAAGCUGCUCUGCAGGCCAAACCCAAGGCACUGACCCUUGGAAACAGGGCUCUGACCGUAUCCCAGCCGAAGGACAGGGAAACUUUAAACAAACGCACGGUGGUGGUUGGCCUGAUUGGACCCAAAGUCACCACGGAAGAGUUAAAGGCCUUUUUCGAAAAAGUAGCUCCCGUGGAGUCAGUGACCUUAUCCGGUAACCGCUUAAACCCCAAAGCCUUUGUACGUUUGGUUUCAGUCGACGACAUCCCCAAGGUCCUUAAACUGCACAGCACCGAACUCUAUUCUCGCUUCAUCACAGUGCAUCCAAUGUCUGUAAAGAGUGCGUUAAAAACCGGUGAACUUACCCUGGUUGUAGAAAAUUUGGGCAAACAUGAGUCGUACAACGCUGACGCUCUGGAGAAGAUUUUUAAAAAGUUCGGGGAAGUGGACUAUCUAGAUGUUGUGUGCAGCAAGACAGUCUUGGCCUUUGUCACGUUUAAGCAGCCGGAAGCCGCCACUAAGGCUCUGGACCAACUCCAGGGAAAGACUGUUAACAAUUUGGAAUUGAAACUGUUGCGCUUUGAACGCAGCACCUCGGGGAAGGCGAUUCUUGUGACGAACUUGUCUGCAGAUACCACUGAAGCCGAUCUGCGGAAAGUGUUUAACGAGAGCGGCGAAAUUGAGAGCAUCCAGAUGUUCAAAAACAAGGCCGUAGUGAAGUUCACGAAUGAGGACGCUUUCUGCAAAUCUUUCUUGUCCAACGAAAGAGUUGUAAACAAUCUUCCCAUUUUUAUCGAGCCCAACUCGCUGCUAAAGCACAGAUUGUUAAGGAAACGUGCAGCUAUUGCGCACUCACAAGCACCCCCCCAGUUCCAGAAGAAUGGGAACAAUAAGUUCGGAAAGAAACCCUUUAACAAGCGCCCGGCACACGAAAAUGGUGGCCAUCCUUUCGCGAAGAGGGGAAAGUUUUAGAGCUUGGAAAUCUACAAAUAUUUAGUUUUAAGUUCUGCAGUACCACAAAUAUGGCCACAAUCCCUUUAGUUCCAUACCACUGAUGUAAUGGAUAUAGUCGAUAAGAGAUACCCCUUAAACUUGAACUGCAAAAUACUAGCCGUAUUUUAAACGUAUGUUGACUUUUAUAAGCAUCAAACCUAAAACUAAAUAAAAGAGUCAAAAUGUAUCUAUAAA